CCUUGGAUUGUCGGGUGACAUUUUUUUGUAAAUGUAUGCAGAGUGAAGACGGGGAUAUUAUUGAUUGCAUUGACAUUUACAAGCAGCCAGCAUUUGCUCAUCCUGCUUUACGGGAUCAUAAAAUCCAGAUGGCUCCCAGUUAUGAACCAACGGCAGAGCCAAUGGCGGCAACAAGACCGGUAAGGGGCAAAACGUUAAGGAAUAGAUAUGAUCGAUCUUCCAUGACUCUGGCAUCACAAAUAUGGAAGAAAAAUGGAACUUGCCCUGAAGGAACUGUGCCAGUUCGAAGAAUUCAGAAUGGACUGCUUGAAGCUAAUUCUCCUGAAGCUUAUAGAAGGUAUAAGUCAAUUCAUCCAACUAAGCAGCUUCAGGACGAUGAGAAUCCUAACACUCAACUGCCAAAUCGCUCGAAGGCAAUGCUGCUUACACUAGGGAAUAUUUAUUCUGGAGCUAAAGCAGACAUCAAAGUUUGGGACCCUUUUGUUGAAUCUGACGAUGAGUUCAGUACUUCCAGAGUUAGUCUCCAAAGCGGUCCUUACUACGAUUUUGAAAGCAUUGAAUCUGGAUGGGCAGUAAAUCCCAGAGUUUACGGGGAUAAGAAGACUCGACUGUAUGUAUAUUGGACCGUUGAUGGAUCAAAAAAAACAGGGUGCUUUGAUCUUACCUGCCCUGGUUUUGUUCAAACUAGCAACGAAAUUGCGCUUGGUGCAUCUAUUUAUCCUAUCUCAGUAGUUGACGGCCUUCCUUACCAGAUAACUAUAUACAUAUUUAAGGAUCCUAAUACGAGCAAUUGGUGGGUGCAGUAUGGAGAAAAAAUCAAUGUGGGAUAUUGGCCUCAUGGCUUAUUUACUUUGAUUAAAAGUGGUGCAGAGAGUGUUGAAUGGGGAGGUGAAGUAUACAGCUUAAAGUUGGGGCGAUCUCCCCACACUGCAACAGAAAUGGGAAAUGGACGAUAUGCAGACCCAAUUUUCGGCAAUUCAGGUUACAUAAAGAGGAUGAGGAUUCUUGAUAAUUCUCAUAUCUUGAAGUUCCCUGAAUGGGUAUCUACUUAUGCAGAUGAGUACAACUGCUAUGAUGUUUACUAUAUUUCAGAUUAUGUUGAGGAUCCUGAAUUGUAUUUUGGAGGACCUGGAAGAAGUUACAGGUGCCCUUGAAAGCUUUUGUAAUGGCUGCUAAAAAUGGUUAUUCAACUACCAAUAAUAUUUUCUUCAAUGAAUUAAUGAUUGUAUUCUACAAGGCAA